AUGGUUGACAAAAGGCCUGAUACGGGUUGUACUAACACGAAAUGUAAAUAUAUCACGCUUCUUAUGCUUAUGACAGUCACAUUAUACUUAUCAAUUGAACUAUGUCUUUUCACAUCGGAUCAAUAUGUAUUUUACAAUGCUGUGACGGAACAGGGCCUACCAUAUUUAACACGUCAAGAAAGACAUAAAUAUGCAAAUCUAUCAGUUGAUGAUAAAAUAAAAUUAAGAGCUGCACAAAAGAAAGCUGCUACACUAGAGUCUACUACAAAUGCAGUCAGAAUAACAUUAGGCUUAAUUUCAAUGCUAAUAAUUGGCUAUAUAUCAGAUAGACGUGGUCGUCGUGUUGCUAUAGGUAUUCUACUCUUUGGAGAAUUUUUACAUAUAACAACAGUGUCUUUAAUAGUAACAUUUAAUUUGAAUGUAUGGAUAUUACUCCUUGCUGGCUUUUUUGAGGCUUUCUUCGGUGGUGGUCUUUUAUCAAUUUAUGCUCAAGUAGCAGCAAUUGUGGUUGAUAUAAUAAGAAUUUCACACGCUAAAGCAGCUAAAAACGGUCUGACUGUUACAACAGAAAAGAUUAGCCAUGAUACAUGGAUUUGGUUUACUGUGUUUGAAUCUAUAGCUUUACUGUGUGCAUCAAGUGGAAGCCCGAUCGGAGGAACAUUGAUCUAUCAAUUUGGUUUCAACUCUGUGGUUAUCACAGGUGCAAUUUUAUUUGUACCAAGUUUAAUAAUUUUAUGCAUUUUUCCGGAAACCAAUAAUACAUAUGGAUUACCUAUUAAUGUUGAAGAAAAUAAGGAAGAAAAUUCUACUCAUAAUAAUAAAGAUAAUGAUUCUAAUGAAACUCAAACAAUUGAAAUUCAACCUGAAUGGAAAGAAAAACUAGUUAUGAGAAUAAAAAGUAUAAGACAUUUGGAUCCAAUCUUAAUUGUAAUUAUAAUAAUUAUCGUACUGCUAGCGAUUGGUGCUAUGGCAGAUCUUCAUUACAUUGUUAUUUAUCUCAUGGGUUCACCAUUCUUGUGGAAUCCUCAACAAGUAGGAAUAUAUAUUGGUCUCAGUGAUUUCAUAUCAUCUGUUGUGGGGAUUACAUAUACAAUUAUUGUUGUUAAAAUUCGUGAACGAAAAAGUAUGAAACAAAAAUUAGUAACAAAUGAUAAUCAGACAUCUCAAGAAGAACAUAAAAAUGAUAAAUCACGAAUAGUAUUUUUACGGAAUAUGAGAUUACUGAUAUUUACAUUGGCGGGUACAUUAUUAUUAAUGAUAAUAAACAAAAUAAUGAUGGGUCUUGCACAUCAAUUUACACAACAAACAGCAAGUACUAUUGCUUAUAUGGCUGCCAUUCCUCGACUAUCAAAAAGUUUCAUUUCACCCGUUGCGCGAUCGAUGUUCGCACUAUGCACACCACCAAACAAUCAAGGAAUGAUUCAAUCAUUUGGAGGAUUCGUUGCUCGUAUUGGAUUUGUCAUUAGUUUCAUCAGCUUACCAGCUCUAUAUGCAGCCACCGUUACUAUAUUUCCUCCGAUUGUAUUUCUUGUUGUUAGUGGAAUCUUGGUUUUAACAAUCAUAAUUGAUCUGUCACUACUACCACUUCUGAAAACAAGCAAAGUUCAUCAUUAG